GACGACGACGAAGAAGAAGAGGUGCAGCCAACUAACUUGCCACCAUAUUUAAGAAGUUGUCAUGCUACCCUCUCAGAAGAUUUAGCUCCCUCUUCCUCUCUCCUCCCUCCAAACCAAACUCUUGUUCUUCAUCACCAUCAUCAGGCCCUAGCUUGCUUUCUUGAUUCCUGUACAGACUGAAACUGGUUCCGAAGAUUCAGAAAUAAAGUCGGGUUUACGAAGUUUUUGGGCAACUUGAAAGUACUUUCUCUUGAGGAACUUUUCUUUGUGUAGGCCCUCACAAAUGGCGGUAAAGAUGAAGGGAAUCUUCAAAGGGCUGAGGAUAUUCUCGCACAUGUUUGCAGCUCAAAAGGAGCAUGAGAUGGAAAUUGGGUUCCCUACAGAUGUAAAGCAUGUGGCUCACAUAGGUUUGGGCACCAGUGACACAUCUCCAAGCUGGAUGAAUGAGUUCAAGUCAUCAGAAGAUUUAUCUGCAGGCUCUCUGAGCACAGCUGAGCAGUCAAGGCAGACUUCUUGGACCUCUACAGACUUUGAGCCAGCAAGAUCCAUGCUGCCAACUGAGAUUAAUUUCCCAGACAGACCAGCGCAGGAGUCCUCCUCCUGCCCCCCAAGAGGCCCCAGGAAGGCAAGGAGGAAGAAGACCAGGACAUCGUCCCCUACCUCCUCGGCAAGAUCGUCUUCGUCGAGGUCGAGGGCCUCCUUCGCGACGGCGUUCGAUGAUUUCAACGAGUCGCAAAGAGGGGUUCGAGUCGUCUAGAAACCUUGUGUGACCACCUUGCAUAUACAUACAUGUUUCUGGUUUAGGGAGGGAAAUGAUUUGUGAAUUGCUUUAUUCUUUGUCCAGUUUAUUAACAGUUGGAGCCAUGGUUGGAAAUGCAAAAGUAAGUUGGAAGGUCGAUCGAUGUUUUGUCCAUAAAGCUUUGGUAUCACACAAUCGCA